AUGGACUGUAAGAUACUGGUCUUGGGGGCCGGUGGCCUUGGCUGCGAGAUGCUGAAGGACUUGGCCAUGUGCAAUGUGCGAGAAAUCCAUGUGGUCGAUAUGGAUACUAUCGAGUUGACCAAUUUGAACCGCCAGUUCCUCUUUCGAGAAAGUGAUAUAGGGAAACCAAAGGCCCAAGUGGCGGCUGAUUAUAUCAAUAACUGGAGUAAAAAGAGAAGGGAACUGAAUUCGGGUGCGAAAAGAGUUUUGGCAGUUUCAUACGUCCAAGAUCUGACGUCGUUUGAGCCGGAGUUCUUUAAACAAUUUGCAUUUGUCAUAUCUGGCUUAGACGCUAUAGAGCCCCGUAGGUUCGUUAACGAAACGUUAGUCAAUAUUACGAGGAACACCGGCUACUCUGUUUGCAUCCCGUUCAUCGAUGGCGGCACGGAGGGCUACAAGGGUCAUGUCAAGACAAUCGUACCGGGAAUUACCGCGUGUUGGGAGUGCUCAAUAGACACUUUACCAUCUCAACAGCACACGUACCCGAUGUGCACCAUUGCAAAUAAUCCAAGAACGACCGAGCAUGUAAUAGAGUACGCUCUCACUGUACAAUUCCCAAAUGCCGAUCUCGACAAUCCAAAUGAUGUGAACAAAUUACUGGACUUCUCCAGGACAAGAGCACACGAGUUUGGUAUUGACCAAACGGACCUCACCGCAAGUUACUUGCUAGGAAUUGCCAAAAAUAUCAUUCCCAGCGUCAGCACUACAAACGCUAUGAUCGCGGCCGCAUGCUGCGAACGGGCGACCGCUAUCUACUACGAUCUCGUCGACAUUGAGACAAUGGACACAUUCACCAUCUUUAAUGGAUCCAAUGGCUUCUUCUCCCAUAGCUUCCAGUACCAGAGAAAUCCAGAUUGUCUAGUCUGUGGAGGCCUUUAA